AUGAGAUCUUCACUUACUUCUUCACCAAUCCCUCCAUUUAUUCUUCGCUCUUUCAAGUACCCUAGGCCUUUAUGCUCUCAACCAGAAUGUCCCAACAAACCGAUUUCAUCUGAAUCUCCCUUUUCCGGGAAUCCUGAAUCAAACUUGGAUUCUCCCGAGAAAAUCACCCCAGACACCCUUUCGCUCCAAAACCCAACUUUCUCAGAAUCCAAACAGCCUCAUUAUGCCUCACCCACUUUAGAGACCACAGAUUUAACACCAACCGAUGUGAUUAACACUCUUAUAAGCUACAAAAACGACCCAAUUUCAGCUUUGGAAUAUUUCAGUCGGGUGGGACGUUUUGUCAAAAGCCUCGAUUCAUUCUGUGUUUUGCUUCACAUUCUGAUGAAAAGCCCAGAGACUGGGCACGCUCGUAAAUCGCUCAAUCAUUUCGUUUCGGGCUUUUCCGGACCACCAUCGAUCGCUCUGCUUGACCACUUGAUCGAUUCUGCGGAAAGGUUCGAUUUUGAUUUAGAUUCGAGGCUUUUCAAUUACUUGUUGCGUAGUUAUGUUGAAGCUGAUAAAAUAAAUGACGCUUUAGAGAGUUGUCGCGAAAUGAUAGAGCGUAAUAUAAUUCCUCGGGUUAGAUCGGUGAACAUAGUUUUGAAUGAAUUGGUUAAAAGAAAUUUGAUUGAUGAAGCGAAAGAAUUGUACAAUAAGAUGGUUUUGAGAGGUGUGAUCGGUGAUCGAGCAACAGUUAGCAUAUUGAUGUGCGCUUGUUUAAGAGAAGAGAAGCCUGAGCAAGCUGAGAAGUACUUUAGAGAAGCGAAGGCUAGAGGUAUAGAACUUGAUGCAACGGCAUAUAGUAUCGUUAUUAAGGCUUUAUGUAAGAAGCUUGAUUUGAAAAUGGCAUGUGAGUUGUUGAAGGAGAUGAGAGAUAUGGAUUUGGUUCCUUCGGAGGGUACAUAUGCAGGUAUAAUAGGUGCUUGUGUGAAGCAGGGAAAUAUGAUGGAAGCAUUAAGGCUUAAGGAUGACAUGGUGAGUUGUGGCUGGCCGAUGAAUUUGGUUGUUUUAACAAGUCUGAUCAAGGGAUAUUGCAAGAAAGGCGAUUUGAGUAGUGCUUUGAAUUUGUUUGACAAGAUGAUGCAAGAUGGCCCUCGUCCGAAUAACUUUACAUUUGCGGUUUUGAUUGAUGGGUGUUGUAAGAAUAGGAAUGUGGAAAAGGCUUACGAGCUUUACACCCAGAUGAAACCUAUGGGUAUUAGGCCUAGUGUAUUUAAUGUAAAUUCAUUGUUACGGGCAUUUUUAGAAGCUCGAUCUCUGGAAGAGGCAUCUAAGCUGUUUGAUGAGGCAAUUGAUUGUGGUAUUGCAAAUGUUUUUACAUACAAUAAUUUCUUGUCAUGGCUCUCUAAAGAGGGUAAGGUAAGUGAAGCUUGCUGUUUGUGGAAAAAGAUGGUGUCUAAUGGUGUAGUACCCAAUGUGGUUUCUUACAACAACAUGAUCCUUGCAUACUGCAGAGUGGAAAAUAUGGAUAAGGCAUAUAGUAUAUUUUCGGAGAUGCUUGAAAUGGGUUUAAAACCAAAUGUUAUCACUUAUUCUAUUCUGAUGGACGGAUACUUUAAAAAUGGUGAUGCUGAACAUGCCCUUGAUAUGUUUGACAAAAUGGUGGCUAAGAAAAUUUCUCCAACAGACUACACGAUCAACACAAUUAUCAAUGGUUUGUGCAGAGUUGGUCGCUCAUCCGAGGCCAGAGACAAAUUGUGGAGUUUUGUUGAGGAGGGCUUUGUCCCUAUGCGUUUGACUUACAAUAGCAUCAUAGAUGGGUUUGUCAAGGAGGGUGAUGUCAAUUCUGCUCAGGCAGUUUACAGUGAGAUGUGUGACAAUGGACUUUCCCCUAAUGUUGUUACUUACACCAGCUUGAUUUGUGGGUUUUGCAAAAACAAGCGUAUGGAUCUUGCAUUGAAAAUGCAGAAUGAGAUGAAGCAAAAAGGUCUUGAACCAGAUGUCAUUUCUUACAGUGUUCUCAUUGAUGGAUUUGGCAAAACACAAGACAUGGAAAGUGCAUGUAGACUUUUCUCUGAACUCCUUGAAGUUGGGCUAUCUCCUAAUACUGCAGUUUACAAUAGCAUGAUUAGUGGCUUCAGGAAUAUAAGUAACAUGGAAGCGGCACUUGAUAUGCAUAAAAAAAUGACGAAUGAGGGGAUUCCCUGUGAUUUGCAAGCAUACACCACAUUGAUUGAUGGAUUGUUAAAAGAGGGUAAAUUACUCAUUGCAUCAGAUCUUUACUUAGAGAUGCUUUCCAAGGGCAUUGUACCGGAUUUAAUUGCAUUUAGUGUUCUGAUAAAUGGUCUUUGUAGAAAAGGACAGCUAGAGAAUGCAUGCAAGAUUUUGGAUGAGAUGGACAGAAAGUGUGUAACUCCUAAUGUUCUUAUUUAUAAUACAUUGAUUGCUGGACAUUUUAAGGAGGGUAAUUUGCAAGAGGCUUUUAGAUUGCAUAAUGAAAUGCUUGAUAGAGGACUUGUACCUGAUGAUACUACGUAUGAUAUUCUUGUAAAUGGAAAAGUAAGAGGGGAAAAAUCUGUUCCUGGAGCUUUAGUGGCCUGAAUGAGCAGUUGUUAAUUGUUGUUGUAAAUUCCUGCCAACUUUUAUAUCGUCCUUCAAAGCUGAAGUACGUCAUGGCCUGCAGGAUCUGGUCUAAAACGUUAAUGAAAGGACCCUUCCAAAAGGUUGGUCAGACUGAGUCUAGUAUGGAACACUACAGUGCAACAAAAAGAUGUCAACUUUAUUGUAGAUUCAGUAGGAGUGGAGGAUGGUUAUUUCUAAUCCCACGGCAAAUUAUGCUGCAGGCCUUGAAGAAAACGUUAGAGCUCAGUGAUAUGGCUGAACCAAGGAUAAUGUGCACAAACUGCAUAGAAAUGUUGUGUCAAAAGCUAAUGUGGGCAUCAUUCUUGUUUACUCACUUCACAACUGGUCUGUUUUGAGUGGAGCGGAUACUUGCUAACGUUGCUUGGGCUUCAGAAAGGCAAUGCCUUUAUAGUUCCUAACAUGGUCAUAAAAUACUAUUCCUUGUUGGAAAAUCCUUCUACUACUCUGAUGUAAGGUUGAGUUCCUAUCUCUCUCUGAAUCAUAAAGCAGAAUUGUAAAAGAUUCCCUAGUACUCAUCUAGUAUGCACUUUUGAAUUUUGAUAACGUUUGCUUUACUAUUUAAGCAAUUACGGCAUAUUAUUACGGCACUAUGUGACAAAGCAUGUUAUUUUAUGCUGGUAAAGUUGAUGAUAUUCUAUAGCUGAUUUGCUAUGUGGAAUAUUUGUUACAAUACAUGGAAUGCUAAAGACCAUAGGAGGAGCAACAACAUUUCAAGCUGGACAACAAAGUCUCCUCAAUGUAAUUUAAAUUCAGGAUUUUUGUAAUGAAAGUAUUGACCAAGGACAUCAGCAUGCUUAACAUUUACCUUUUAUGUGAUCUUUAGAAACUAAUUUAUUUCCUCCUUGUAUUCUUGUUAUGAGAAGGUAAUGUUACUAGCAGCGUUUUGCAUUUAUCAAAGCCCUGAUGCUCAUGCAACAUACUUGCUUGAAUAUUGGGUGACCUCUUUUCAGAAUGCUGAAGGUUCAUCCCUGAAGCGUGUGAAAUAAGUAAUAACAA